AACAGAGACCGGGCGGUAAUCAGCCAGCAUGGCGGCCAGGCCCAGCCAGGGGCCCCCGGGAGCCCACUAUGAGCGAUUGACAGCGGAUGAGAUGGAUGAACAACGGCGACAAAAUAUCGCUUAUCAAUACCUAUGUCACCUGGAGGAAGCCAAACGCUGGAUGGAGUCCUGUCUGAAUGAAGAGCUCCCACCGCCCACUGAAAUGGAGGAGGGCCUACGCAAUGGAGUCAUCUUCGCCAAGUUAGGACACUUCUUUGCUCCAGAGAUUGUUCCUCUUAAGAAAAUCUAUGAUUGUGAUCAGAUGCGUUAUAAAGCAACUGGACUUCAUUUUCGCCACACAGAUAACAUCAACCAUUGGCGACGAGCCAUGAGUCACAUCGGACUUCCUACGCUGUUCCAGCCAGAAACAACCGAUAUAUAUGACAAAAAAAACAUGCCCCGCGUAAUAUAUUGCAUUCAUGCACUUAGUUUGUUUCUAUUUAAACUUGGCCUGGCACCACAAAUCCAAGACUUAUAUGGAAUUGCAAAGUUCACAGAUGAAGAAAUUAACCAUAUGAAGUGUGAGCUGGAUAAGUAUGGCUUACAGAUGCCGGCAUUUAGCAAGAUUGGUGGGAUUCUGGCCGACGAGCUCUCUGUGGACGAAGCUGCAGUGCAUGCCGCCGUCAUUGCCAUCAAUGAAGCGGUGGAAAGAGGGGUGGUGCAGGACACCAUGGCAGCUCUCCGAAACCCAAACGCAAUGCUGGUCAACCUAAACCCGAAGCUGGCCGCAGUAUAUCAGGAGCUCCUUUAUCAAGCCAAAUCUACGAAAGAAGAGAAUGCCCGCAAUAAGCUUCUCCAAAACCCUGCCGAUGUCUCCGAUAUAUAUGACUGCUGCCUGACACAAGCUGAAAUCCAGGGAAACCUCAACAAAGUCAAUGUGCAUGCGGCUCUGGAGUAUGUUGACGAGGCCUUAGAGCGAAAGGAUUGUCAGAAUCUGCUCGCGGCUCUGCAGGAUUCGGCCCUUGCUUUGCGCAGAGUCUCCCGAGAGAAUGCUGAGUGGUACUUGGAGCAGCUCACCAACGACAGAGAACAGAAAGCUUUGGAGUUGGGUUACAUGGAUCUCCUGGAGAAGGAGGAAAUUCAGUCCGGGCUGGAUGCAGCCAAUCAAAAUGCAAGCCGUGAACUUGCCAUGGAUCGAGCUGUAGCUCGGAUCAACGCUGCAAUCCGCCAGGGGGACCCUGCUCAGACUGUCAGAGAGCUGUCCAAUUCAGACGCUCAGCUCCCAGAUGUCUAUCCGUUCGCAGCCGAGCUUUACCAACAAGAGCUGCGAGUUCUGCAAGGACAGAAGCCAGAGGGGUCUCUUGUUCAAGAGGAGCUAUUUGUGGCUGUGGAGAUGUUAUCCUCUGUAGCGCUCAUCAAUAGGGCCUUGGAAGCUGGCGAUCUCAAUGCUUUCUUGGAAAAUCUGCUCGGCUCAGCUCUGGGGUUGUCUGACGUGGAAGAGGAGAACUUGCAGAGGUAUUUCAGCAAACUGUGUAAACUGAAACGCCAGUGCCAGAAGGAAGGAUCAACGUUUCUGAACUGGAAUGACCUCCAGACCUGUGUCAAUAACACCAACCUCUCUAUACAGGACGAACAGGACAAAAUCCUUGCCGUCAGUCUUAUUAAUGAGGCGCUUGGGCAGCGUGAUCCCCAGAAAACCUUCACCGCUCUGCUAAUGCCAGCUGCAGGACUCUCGAAUCUUACCCUCCCCAAUGCUUGUCUGUAUCACCAGAUCCUGACUAACGCACUGAAGCACAAAAAGCUGGUGGUUAGAGAUGGAUCGGCAGUUCUGUGGUUGGAGGAGAUCCAGCAAGGUGUCUCGCAGGCGAAUGAGGAAAAUAUGAGAGCGCGGAAAAUGGCUCUCGGCAUUGCAGCCAUUAACCAAGCUAUAAAGGAGGGCCAGCCGUCUCAGACUCUGCGCGUCCUUCGCUAUCCCGAUGCUGCUCUAUGUGGGGUCGUGACUGACUGUGCAGACGCUUAUCAGCGUGAACUUGGUGCAAUUAUGAUGGCAAAAAAAAGAAAGGGUGACAUUUCCAACUUGUGGGUUCAUCACAAGAUAAAGGAUUGCGGAGAUUACUAUUUCCAUCUUCGUACUUUUGAGGGGACCUGGGAACGUCCACCAGGAUUUAACACCAACACCACACACUUGUCCCGGGAGGAAAUCCAGUCUGCAGUAAACCGGGUGACCAGUGGCUUUAAGAGGGAACGGCAAUGGGAAGCCAGUACAGUUAUGGUGGUUCAACUACAAGCUCGCAUUAGAGGAUACCUUGUGCGCAAGGCGUUCGCCGACCGACUUCACCUGAUGCACAGACAAGUGCCUGCUGUCACACUGAUCCAGGCACAUUGGCGUGGUUACAGGCAGCGCAGGGCUUACCUACAGCAUCGCAACUACUUGUACAAUAAUAUGGAUUCCAUCAUUAAGAUCCAGUCGCUUGUGAGAAUGUGGUUGGCGCGGAAGAAAUAUCGCCAAAGGCUCCGUUAUUUCCGGAGGAACAUUGCCAGCGUGAUUAAAAUCCAGGCCUUCUUCAGAGCCAACAAAGCUCGUGGUGACUACAGGAUGCUUGUCCAUGCCAGGAACCCACCGCUCAGCACCCUUCGUAGAUUUGCCCACCUCCUGGAACAGAGUGAGAGGGACUUCUGGGAGGAACGAGAGGUCAUGAAACUGCGCGAGGAAGUGGUGAAAAAAAUCCGAUCAAACCAGCGGCUGGAGAACGACCUCAACCUGAUGGAUAUAAAGAUUGGUCUGCUGGUGAAAAACAGGAUCACCUUGCAGGAAGUCGUGUCUCACUGCAAGAAGCUUACAAAGAAGAACAAAGAGCAACUAUCAGACCUGAUGGCCAUCAACAAACAAAAAGGUUUAAAGUCACUGAGCAAAGAGAAAAGGCAGAAGCUGGAAGCCUAUCAGAAUCUGUUCUACCUGUUACAGACUAACCCAGAAUACAUGGCCAAGCUGAUUUUCCAGAUGCCCCAAAACAAAUCCACCAAAUUCAUGGAGUCCGUAACAUUCACACUGUAUAACUACGCAUCCAACCGGAGAGAGGCUUACCUUCUGCUCAAACUUUUCCGCACGGCCCUGCAAGAGGAAAUUAAUUUUAAAGUUGACCGUAUACAAGACAUUCUAACUGGAAAUCCGACUGUAAUUCGUCUGCUGGUGAGCUUUUACCGCAGUGCUCGUGGACAGAAUGCCUUGCGCCAGAUUUUGGGGAAUGUGGUGAAGGAAGUACUUAACGACAAAACUCUAAAUAUCCGGAUCAACCCAGUGGAGAUAUACAAGAGUUGGGUCAAUCAACUGGAAACACAAUCUGGCAAACGAAGCACGCUUCCCUAUGACGUCACUCCAGAACAAGCGGUUACCCAUCCUGAAGUUCAAAGGCGCUUAGACAUAUCCAUUCGUAAUCUCCUUGCAGUGACAGACAAAUUUUUCUCUACAAUCCUGGCCAACGUCGACCAGAUCCCAUAUGGAAUGCGCUAUGUUGCCAAGGUCCUUAACCAUUCUCUAAGUCAGAAGUUCCCGAAUGCUGCUGAAGAAGACAUCCACAAGAUUGUGGGCAACCUGUUGUACUACCGUUUCAUGAACCCUGCUGUGGUGGCCCCUGAUGCCUUUGAUAUUGUGGACCUGUCUGCUGGUGGGACACUUCAUCCAGAUCAAAGGAGGACAUUGGGCUCUAUUGCCAAGAUUCUCCAGCAUGUUGCAUCCCACAAGAUGUUUGAAGAUUCUUACCUGGGCUUUGUCAAUCAGUAUCUUGAGGAGACACAUUGGAAGUUUAGAAAAUUUAUCCGUACCGCCUGCACUGUCCCAGAGCCAGAAGACCGAUUUAACAUUGACGAGUACUCUGAGAUGGUAAACACAAUUAAACCAGUUAUCUACAUCACUGUAGGGGAGCUUACCGACACACAUAAGUUGUUGUUGGACCACGAGGAUUUUAUUGCUCCUGACCAGAAGGACCCAAUACACGAGCUCCUGGAAGAUAUAGGAGAGGUACCUACCGUCCAGUCUCUGAUAGGUGAAAGCACCUCAAACCUUAGUGAUGGUGUCUCAGAACAAGCUCUGGCUCAGAUGAGGAAAUUGGAGAUGUCUCUUACUCUCACCAACAAGUUUGACAUGUUGGACGCCAACACAGAGCAGAUGGAUUCUCAGAGCCUGUUAUUAAGCACAAAGCAUAUGCUGGUGGAUAUCAUCCAAUCACAGCCCGGUGAUUCCUUGGCAGAGUUAUUACAUACAUCGGCUUCUGCAACACAGGAAGCAACACAUUACCACCUGAUUCACCAACGUGCCUUGCAAGAGGCCAAGACUCCAGAGAAGAUGAAACGGCACCGCUCGCUGCUGGCAAAUGGCCAGCUCUCUAUGGAGGAGAAGAAGCGCAAAAUAAUUAGAAACCUGCGCCGGUUGGAAAGUCUGGGUCUGGUUUCCUCCGAUAAUGACUACCAGGAUAUCAUCAACAUGAUCGCUAAGGAUAUUCGGAACCAAAGGCGAUAUCGCCAGCACCGCAAGGCCGAGUUGGUGAAACUGCGUCAGACAAUGCAGAGACUUCACUGCAAGACGGCUUUCCACGAGGAGCAAAUCGACUUCUACAACCAGUACAUAAAAACCUGCCUCGACAAUCUGGCUGUAAAUCACAAGAUUCCUGGGAAGAAUAAAAAGCCGGCGUCUCUGAAUUACACCGCAGCCAGACUCCAUGAAAAAGGCGUUCUCUUAGAAAUCGAAGAUCUCCCUUUCAGUCAAUUCCGCAAUGUCAUUUUUGACAUCACCCCUUCUGACGAACCCGGAAAAUUCCAGGUGAAGACCAAAUUCUUGGGAGUAGAUAUGGAAAAAUUUCAGCUCCAUUACCAGGAUCUCCUGCAGUUGCAGUAUGAAGGAGUGGCUGUAAUGAAAAUGUUUGAUAAAGCCAAGGUUAACGUCAACCUGCUUAUUUUCAUGCUCAACAAGAAGUUUUUCCGAAUGUAGAAAGGGAAGGCAUUUUGUUCCAGCUAACGGUCUCACUGCGAACUUUUUUCCGGUGAAAAUUAAGCUUUAUAUUUCACUAUUGCACUGCACAAUAUUUCACGGUAUGACUGGCUCCCUCCAGUGGAUUAUAUCUAAACUGCACCUGCUGCAUUAAUACUGUGGAUGGGAUUUUACAUGGUUUUAGAUUGUCUUCGAAUUCUGAAUUCUAUCACUACAAACAAAGGCGUUUGGCUCGCGUACACUUCAUCUAACCGUAUGUACAUUCAGCUUCCAAUCAAGGAGAUGACGUGAGUCCUUAAUUUUUAUCUCAAAUUACACAUCUUGCCAGUUCAUGCAGAAUUAAGUAUUCCAUUCAUAUGACAGAAGCCAUGAAACAAGGGCCUGCUCUAAAAUGACCACAAAUCCAAGAGAUUUCAGUGUGGACAAAACUGGUUAUUAUUUCGAUAAAGAUUAAUCGAAGUUCAAUGACAAUCUCUUAUUUUAUUUUCAAGCUGUUCACCUACAAUUUUCUAUUUCUACUGGGGAGCACAGAAGAAGAAUGCUCUGCGUUCUAAACACAAUUUGAAGAAAAAUAGAUUAAAUUUAGUUUUUU